AUAAUUUCUUUAGUUUUGUGACAUCAAAUAUUUUGUAACCUGUAAUCUCUGUUCUUGAAUUAUGUCAAACCUUUGCUUAUUAAGGAAAUUGUCUUUCCAUCUCCUCUUUGUUUGUGUGAUUCUUUUUUAUUUAUAUGUUAUUUUUUUUUUCGAAAUUUGUAAUGGGACAUAUAGUUAUUUUAGCCUGUGGUUUUAUACUGAAUAAGCAGAUGCCUUUGCUACCUGGUAUGGUUAAUGGCCUUGGAUCACAACUGAUGCAGCGGCGACAAUUAUAUGCUGAGCCAAUGUCAAAGUUAAGAAUGCUUAUGAUUUCUCGUAUGGCCAAGCCAAAAGAGGUUCUCAUAGUGGAAGAUGAAAAUGGCAAUAUUGUUCGUGAAACCAUGAAGGACAAUGAUGUUCUCGUGCAAUAUAAGAUCAUGAGGGAGACUUUGAUAUUUAGAGAGCUUCGGAUGGCAACAAACAACUUUAGCAGCAAGUACUUGGUUGGAUGAUGAAUUGAAGGAUGAAGCAAGUUUCAUGCAUGAUUUACUUUUGUGUAUCUUGUAAUGUUUCUGUUUUUCAUUUUUAAAGUAAAAAAUGUUCAAGAUUAUAAAACUUUAUCAUGUUAUGCUUUCAAAUUUAAGUUAGAACUAAGAUCUCAUGAAGUAGACAUAUUCAUGGUUUGAAUUAGUUAUUGUUUAAUGUAAUACUUGUGGUUUAUCAAUCUAUUGAGAAUUACAUUU